AUGGCGGACCCCACCCCGUACAUGCGCCUGACCAACCCUUUUGGCAAUGCCGCGCGCAGCAUGCAAUUUGUAGGAGAAGGGGACUCUCUUCUUUUAGGAGACGAUGGAGGCCUCUGUUGCCUCUUUGAUUUGAAGUCCAGACGGAGCGCGUUUGCCGUAUCGCCUUCGAGCCUCACCUGCUUGAAGGCUGAUGCUGUUGGUCCGCCCAUGGCGGCUGCAAAUUUCAGUGGCAGCAGCAACAGCCCUGUGCUGCACAUAGAGCCGCUUUAUUGCACUCGCAGCAGCUGCUGCAGCAGGGUGCUAAUACAACAGAAAGACUCGCAAAUCUCUGUGUUUGAUUUGGAGUCCCAGAGGUUCACUUUGUCCUUCAAGACUGGCUCCUUUUCAUUUUGCGAAUGCGCAUGUCCACAGCCAAAGACCAGCAAAAGCAGCAAUGCGUGGAGCAGCAGUGGCAGCAACUGCGUGGGUGAAGAGUGUGUAGCGGCCCCAGUAGCUGAAAUUGACACCAUCGGUUUGUUUGAUAUCAGGGCCUCAGCCUCGUGGCAUAGAGGGAAGAAUCAUAUGAGCGUAGUGUCGCCUGCGCUUAAGCUUAAGCUACCUCCGAAUUCUGCCUCUCGUUUUGCAUCACAGGAGCAGAAGCUGCAGGAGCCAGGGAACUGUGGGUCCGUUCAAGGCCUGGGCUUCCCAGCAUCCGAAUGUCUGCUCCUAGCUGCGUACGAACUGCCAUUGCUGGCCCUCUGGGAUGUCAGAAACAAUGGGCAACCGCUUGCACUUCUGCCUUUGGGGGCCACAUCUUCUCCCCCCGCUUAUGUUGCGACAGUUCGAAACAGAGUAUGGACUGGAUGCAUUGAAGGAGAUAUAUUCAUACAUCGCGUGGCAAGCCAGAAAGGAAAAGACACGCCAGCAGCAGCAGCACCAACAGAUGGAAGCACAGCGACGUUUUUACUAAUGUCCAACGAAAGGCGGGAGGGCACAACAACCGUGGCUUGCGGCAGCAGAAGGGAUGACGAGGAUUGUUUUGGUAUCCUUCCUUGCCUAACCGGUGUAGCCCAUGUGAAUGCAAUCGAGACUGUUCGGAGGAGCCACGUCCCUACCUCCAGCCAUUUUGAUCUGUUUAGCAACGUAAGCUAUCUAGAGUCAAUGGGACCUAACAGCACACACCUUACCUGUAUCUCCGUGCGCAGGGAUGGCCUCCUUGGCUCCUGUGGCACUAAUGACGGAGCUGUGUUGUUGCUCGAAGGGAAGCACUUAAAGCCGCUGGGUAGCCUUCAGGCCCACCACUGUGGUGUCUCCGCUGCUGCCUGGUGCAGUCACUCUGGCCGACUAGCCACGGGGGAUAAGCAAGGGGUUGUCUACCUCUGGAGUGUGUAUGCAGAUACUUACACACGUCAAGCUUGUAACUAG